GGAUAAGUGUGUAUGGACGUGGCUGGACGGUGUGGGGUAUGUGGAUGGAUGUGGCUUGGGUAGGUGGGGGUGAAGACAUGCUGCAGAGAGGGGCUCUAAUGAGUAAUCCUGGGGCAGAUCUCUGGGCCUGUUGGGGUUUUCUUUCCAGAACUCGUUUAGCCUUUUAGAAGGGUGGUGAGUCUCCAAGAACAGGUCUGGUUUGUGUGCAGUGAUUGGAAGGAGAAUGCCACCCUUGCUCUGUGGGCAUCAAUUUAGUGGUGCCAGUCCCUGCUUGGCUCUGAGCUCUUUGUUUGAAUCCUUUUAUUUAACUGUAAUGACUGUCACAAAUAGAGAAAAUGCCAGCACAUCGACCAAACAGUGUUGUCAGGUGUUGCACAACUCAGAUUGGUCACACAUCUUUCUUCACAAGGACAACUGGCUUUGUGAAUGUUGGAUGUGUACCAAAAAAGGUGAUGUGGAACACAGCUGUCCACUUUGAAUUCAUCCAUGAUCAUGCUGAUUAUGGCUUUGAAACCCCUGAUGUGAAGUUUAAUUGGCGAGUGAUUAAAGAAAAGCGUGAUGCUUAUGUGGGUCGCCUAAAUGAGAUCUAUCAAAAUAACUUAAACAAGGCUCACAUAGAAACCAUUCAUGGCCAUGCAGCUUUUACAUCUGAUCCUGAGCCUACGGUAGAAGUCAGUGGUAAAAAAUACACUGCUCCCCACAUCUUGAUAGCUACAGGUGGGCGACCAUCAGUGCCCCAUGACAGUGAAAUCCCUGGUGCCAGCUUGGGAAUCACCAGUGAUGGGUUUUUUGAACUUGAAGAAUUGCCCAGGCGCAGUGUUGUUGUUGGUGCUGGAUACAUUGCUGUGGAGAUGGCCGGAAUCCUUUCCACACUGGGAUCAAAGACAUCCUUACUGAUACGUCAUGACAAGGUGUUAAGGACUUUUGAUUCAAUGAUCAGCGCAAACUGCACUCAGGAACUGGAGAAUGCUGGCAUAGAUAUCUGGAAGCAUUCACUGGUCAAAUCGAUUACAAAAUCUCCUCUUGGAUUGUUGGAGGUUACAGUGAUAUCCUCUGCGCCUGGUCACAAACCCACUGUUAGCACAAUCCCGGAUGUUGACUGUCUGCUGUGGGCCAUUGGACGAGAUCCAAACACUGAGGGGCUUAAUCUAGACAAACUGGGUCUUAAAUUAGAUGCUAAAGGUCACAUUGUAGUCGAUGAGUUCCAGAACACCAGCAGGAAAGGGAUCUACGCUGUCGGGGAUGUAUGUGGAAAAGCACUCCUGACCCCAGUUGCAAUAGCAGCUGGAAGGAAACUGGCACACAGACUGUUUGAAGGCAAGCAGGAUUCCAAACUCGACUACAGCAACAUUCCUACCGUGGUCUUCAGCCACCCCCCAAUCGGAACGGUGGGACUCACUGAAGAGGAAGCCAUUUCUACAUAUGGAAGAGACAAUGUGAAGGUUUACACCACCUCUUUUACCCCCAUGUAUCACGCUGUAACUCAAAGGAAAACUAAGUGUGUCAUGAAACUGGUUUGUGCCGGCAAAGAAGAGAAGGUGGUGGGACUCCACAUGCAGGGACUAGGAUGUGACGAAAUGCUGCAAGGUUUCGCUGUAGCAGUCAAAAUGGGAGCAACAAAGGCCAGCUUCGAUGAGACGGUUGCCAUUCACCCAACUUCAUCAGAAGAGCUGGUCACGCUCCGUUGAAAGGUUGUGAAUUUCUGGUGCUUGCAAACAGAUUUGUAAUAUGGCAGCCAAAAAAUGAAUGGAAUCGUGACUUUUCUUCUUGGUGCAAACUCUUCCUUUUCUAUGACACUCCAGAUAAUAAUCAGAUUCUUCUGUUUUUGUAAUCUAUGAAUAUAUGUAGAAAAAAUCAGAGAUGUCCAAAAAACCAGUGGCGGCAUCUAUUCAUCUCAUCCAAACAGCUUGGUUUCUUCAAGCUUCAUUGGUUUAGAGUGAAAAAUAAAUAAAAUGGAUUAAAAUA